AUGGAUCCAAACCGCGGAAUCAAAGACGUGCAAUGCCAGUUUCCUCAAACACGUCAUACAAUAGUAUAUAUGUGUAUAUAUAUAAAUUAAACACACACGGCAAGAAUUCUGAAUUCCCUUUUUGGCUUCCUUCCUGAAGAGACCACUGAGCUUCUUUUUUACCGUAUAAAGUCAAGAAAAUAGUGAAAAACAAUACCCAAUAUAAGAAUUGAGAGUGUUUAAUCUUUGGGUAAAGACUAAACAGCCAUGCUCUCAAGCAAUCAAAUCUCCCGUGUACCCUCUUUUCUGUUCAUAUUCAUAAUCCUUUUGUCCCCAUUUGGGUUAGCUUCUGUGAUUCCAGGUGUGGUUGAUGGGAGCAAUAAUGGUGCAGUUUCUUGGGGAAAUGGAAGGUCACUAUUACAGGAAAACAAUGGUGGAGAUUCAUCCUUGAUACUCGCUGCAGAGAGAACACACAGGAAAGACCCAUCUGACAAGCUAAACUACUAUACUGGUGGAUGGAAUAUCAGUAAUGACCAUUACAAGUCUUCUGUGGCUUUUACUGGUGCCCCGCUUUUCUUAAUUGCUGCAAUUUGGUUUUUGGGAUUUGGCCUCGCAUUGCUGUUAGUCUGUCUUUGCUGUUGCUGCUGCAGGAAAACUCGCUAUGGUUACUCCCGAAGUGCUUAUGCACUUUCGCUUGCCUUUCUCGCUUUAUUUACUGUUGCUGCAAUCAUUGGCUCUGCGGUUCUGUAUACUGGACAAGACAAAUUUUACCAUAGUACAAAAGACACAAUGGACUUUGUUGUGGCCCAAGCAGAUUCCACGGUCUACAAACUGAGAAACGUGUCGGGUGUUCUGGCUGUAGCCAAAAGUACUGGAGUUGCUCAGAUUUUUCUACCGAAAGAUGUUCAGAACAGCAUUGAUCGGGUUGAUGACACCAUCAACUCUUCUGCUAACACUCUUGAAACUGAAACGCGGAACAACAAAAGGGACAUCUUACGUGCUAUAGACGUGGUGAGUAAGACUCUCAUAAUUUUAGCUGCCGUUAUGCUUGGCUUGGCCGCUCUUGGUUUUUUAUUGUCUAUCCUUGGCCUGCAAUUUCUCGUGUACAUUCUGGUGAUCCUAGGAUGGAUUCUCAUUGCAGCAACAUUUUUCUUGAGCGGUGUAUUUUUAGUUCUUCACAAUGUGGUCGGGGACACUUGUGUUGCCAUGGAUCAAUGGGUUAAGCACCCGGAGGCUCAUACCGCAUUGGAUGAUAUUAUUCCCUGUGUAGACCCUCAAGCUGCUCGAGCCGCGCUGUCCCAAAGCAAAGACGUGACAUUCCAGAUGGUUGGGGUCGUUAACAGGAUCAUAAACAAUGUGUCUAACGUUAACAUGCCAGCCCGUUCACCCGCUUGGUACAAUCAAUCUGGUCCAUUGGUGCCUAACCUCUGCAAUCCAUUUAACUCUGACAAGACAGAUCGAAACUGUGCUGCUGGCGAGGUUGAGUUCAGUAAUGCAACCGAGGUUUGGAAGAGUUAUGUCUGUAAAGUUUCGGCGAAGAAUGUGUGCACCACAGUGGGGCGUUUAACGCCUGAUCUGUACAGGCAGAUGAACACUGCAAUUAACAUCAGUGGCGGUCUAUACCACUACGGUCCAUUCCUCACCGAACUUGUCGACUGCACAUUCCUUCGAGGUACGUUCAAUGUGAUACACGAUGAUCAUUGCCCCGAUUUGAGCAAGUUCAGCAAGUGGGUCUACAUCGGGCUGGCUCUGGCAUCGGCUGCAGUCAUGUUCUCGCUCAUAUUCUGGGUAAUCUACGCCCGAGAGAGGCGCCACCGUAAGUACACCAAACUGGUGGACGCGAGAUCCGGGUUGGGCUCUCCUUCCCCGAGCAAAUGAUGAUUGUUUCUGAAUGUUAUUGUUGUUUAAGGUAACUAUGAACACUUGCAUAUUAACUACUAGGACCCUUGAGGGUAUUGAUCUUGACAUUCAUGGUGUGAAUAUUAUCAUAGUCAGACAGAAUUACAAUUUUAUGUAACCAAAGGAUCAUGUUUUUGGAGCCUCAAGUUUCUGUGCUCUUAUUACAUACAUGUUCUCUGUAUUGCUGUCCUUAUCAUUGAUUGCACAUUUUAGGAGGAUUGGCUUUGGUUUUGCUGACUCAGUCCUCAUUUUCUGCUAA